CUUUCGGUUGCUACUGCAAUGCGGUCACACUGAAGAAGCGGGCAUCGUUUAAAUGAGCAGGUGUGGCGUCCUUUUCACAUUUCGCUCUUCGUAGUCGAAAAUUUUUUGGAAAAUGUUUACGCCCAGGCAGAAAGGAUACGGAAAUGGCUUUAUCCCAUCGCCUCAAACACCUCUCAGCUUCAGCCGGGAACUGAGACAAGUGCUACAGGAGAGGAACCUCCUAACCGCCAAGUCGCGUCGGAAAGUUUGCUCAAUGCUGGACAGCAACAACAGCAGUCCCAUUGGAUCACCCAAUCCAGAGUCUGGGAAACGCCUGGGAUUUCGCCGACAGGCCAUACAGGAGAUAAUAUCAUCCGAGAAGUCCUAUUUGGAGCAGCUGGAGCUGCUGAUGAACUUCUUUGUGAGGCCCCUUAAAGAGCAGGCUAUCAUCGAUUGCUCCAAUCACACGCUGCUAUUUGGCCAGAUCGAGAUGAUCCAUAAUUUGAAUGGAGAAUUUCUGCGGGAACUGGAGGCGAACAUGGAAAAUGUGGCUCAUGCCUUCCUAAAAAUGGCUCCCUUCUUUAAGCUAUAUUCGGUGUACGCCUUUGACUAUCGCGGGGCCCUUUUUAUCAUCCAGGACUUGAUCAGCAAGAAUCCGGUGUUCAGAAAAUUUUUAGAACAGACGGAAAGUCGUCCUGAGGUGCAGCGUAAGCUUAAUUCUCUAAUGAUUGUGCCCAUUCAACGUAUUCCGAGGUAUAAGCUUCUUUUGGAACAAGUUUUGCUGUACACAAGCCCAGCCGAUGCGGAUUACAAACUAUUGAAGGAGUCAGUCAAGGAAAUUGAGGCAACUGCCAGUCACAUAAACACCUGCGUAGAGGAGCAGGAAAUCACCCAGUACUUGAUUCAUUUGCAGAACUCCCUGGUAAAUCGCACACCCAAUAUUGUGAAGCCCUCGCGUCGCGUCAUAAAGGAGGGCGUUCUCCAGAAGAUCACCCACAAGGGCACGGAAAUCAAGCGUUACUGUGUGCUCAUGUCUGACAUCUUUAUGUACUGCAAGAUGAUCAAGGAACGGGCGCCCAAUACCGUCGUGGAGAACUCCCUGGAGUGUUGCUGUAUUUUUCCCUUGAAAAAAUGUAAAGUCUAUGAAAUGCUGCCGGGCAACUUUAAGCUUACUUGCCAAAGCGAUGGCAUUAUUUUUGGCAGCGGCGAUGUACAGCUGUCGCGCACUUGGGUUGGCUUCAUCCGCGAUGCCAUAGAUCUGCAUGUACAGUGCCGCAAAACUCUGCGAAAGGAUUCGAGUAAAAGGACUCCCAUACGCAAAAAGGACAUGAAAAAGUUUGGCGCUGAUUAUGUACUGAGUCCCAACAAGCGCAAAUGCGAUUAUGAGAGUGUUUUUCGCAACAAGAAUCGCAGUACGGAUUCUGAGGAAGAAACCGAGGAAAGUGCUUGCUUUCCACGAAUGCGAAAGGUGCCGAAUGGAGUUUUAAAGGUUCAAAGUUCAAAUCUCAUGGGAAAGCCAAGUUCCUCCACAUCAGUGAAACGUGUUGCACCACCACCUCCUCCUCCUCUUCCUAACUCAGUGCAGAUGCGUCACCAGCCAGGAAAAGCUGAGGAGUUGGCCUGCAAGGAGAAUCGCAUUUCUAAAUUAUACAAAAAGAUUGCCACUGGUGACAAGGUAGCAAAUGUGAGAGGAAUCCUUAAGCGAAGCAACGUGCCAGUGCCCAAUGAUCAUGAUCCCAGCUACGGGUUUGCCAGUCGCUUCUCGGACUCCAAGUCCUACUUCCGAGCUCACAACGUGGACAACACUAUACCAACAUUUGUUAAGCGUGAGGAUCUGUUCAACGGUGAGAACAUGUUUCCCGCUCAUUUAAGGAGCCAAGAGGAGAUCUGCUCACCGCCGCACAAGAAGCGCGUUAAGUUCGACGACACCUUGGAUGCAGUGUCUCCGGCUCUUGACCAGAAACCCUUUGCAUUCUCCAACGACGUGGUUUCCACUCAAAAGCCCACAUCAUUGCGUGAGCGAAUCUAUGAUUUUUUUGCCAAUCUAUUCUAGAACUAGAUGACUCAAACUCAAUCGUAUUCAUCAUUCAACAUUUACAACAUGAAUAAAAUCAUUUACAAUUAUAA